UAAAAAAAAAAAGACCACUUUGGCUGGACAGUCGCUGCGCUGCUGCACACAACACAACCACUGCGGUAUUUGACGAGAACGUUUGUGUGGUAUUGUAUUUAAAGGAGUAAAUGUUUGGAAAACAGGUGAUUAGCCUAAACGGGAAAGUUUCAACAAUGCCAGACGUGGAGCCCCUCAGAUUCCCAUCAAGGGAAGGACGAACCAGUCAACAAGGAGAUCUUCAAGCAAUCUACUCUGGUCGACAUCGUACUUGUGCUUUACUUAAUCCUUCACCAUGUGUCAACAAAGCAGUUCACCAUAUCCAUGAGUUGAGAAUUAAAGUGAAAUACUGGAGUCGUGUAUGUCAGCAGUCCAGAAAAUUUAAACCAGAUAUUGAUCAGGACACUCACCGGUAUAAUGAAACAUAUCGAUUGCAAUCCAGAGACUCAGAUACUGACUCUGUGACGUCGGCUGAGUUGUACAUUGAAGGCAUUGCAAUUGGCAGAAGAGGUCCAUUAUCACCACUAUUGAAGAAAAUAAAUGAUGUUCUUGGAGAAGUUUUGUACCUAAUCGAGAGGCUGGAGGCUGAUCAGCACGUUGCAGAUGAAGCUCUCCGCAAAGAGAGGAGAAGGAAAAACAUUUUGGAGAACAAAAUUGGCCGUCUUUUAUCAUGGAAGCAACAAGAGCAUGCUUGUGCUGUUCAAAAAGAGCGUGACAUUUGCCUGAGAGACAUUAAUGAGCUAAAGUGGCACCUCAUCCUGGGGAGAGAGAAACUUGAUCAAGACCAGGAGAAAUUGUCUCACACUGAGAUUCUGAACCAGCGUUUACAGGAGGACAUCGGCUUCGUUAAAAAACAAGCUUCUGCCGUAAAAGAAAAACUUGAUUUCCAGAGUGGCAUCAUAAGUCAAAUCAAAAGAGCACAAGAAGAGUCUGAUGAAGCAUGGACAAAAGCACAGAGUGAUCUUAUUUUGGCAGAGAAGGAGUUAAAAUGGGUGGAACUGGAAGUAAAGAGUGAGAAGGCAUCACUGGAAUACAGGUUAAUAGACAUGAAGAAUCAGCUGACCAACAGACUAGAAGAGCUUGAGCAAUUGAAAACACUUGGAGAAGAGUUUUCUGUGGAGAUAAAAGUUGCUGAACAAUCAGAUGCACUUACGGCGAACCAGUGUGCCACCAUAACACAGUGUAUUUCUGAAAUGAUGGAACUUGAAAAAACUGAAAAAGAAAGGGUAUUGCAAUUAAAAACUAAAAUUGAAGAUGAAACGCAAACAGUUAAGAAAUUAAAAGAUAAAUUUGAUGCACUGCAAAAACAUACUGAAAAAAUUACAUUUAAUGGAGAAAUGGAAAUCUCUGAGAUGAAGGAGCUCCUCAACUGCAAACACAAUACCCUUGCAGCUCUUCAUCAAGAAAACAUGGAGUAUGAACUGAAGGAGGAAGACUGCAAGAUAAAAAUUUCUUCCAGUGAGAAAGUGGUGAAACAGAUGCACGAGGAAAGAAAGCAGAUGCUUCAGAAAAUCUGCGACAAUGACGAGCAGUGGGAAAGAGCCGUGGAGGAACUGACCCAAGUUCUCGUUCAGCACAGUGCCGUCGAGGCCAAGUUGGAGAAACUGGAGCAACUCACCUUCAUGGAAAAACAGAAGGCCAGGGUGAAGAUUGAUAAGCUGCAGAAUGAGCUGACAGGUCAGACAACUGCUCUAAAACAGCUGAAGGAUCAGUGUGACACUGUCACUCAAGAAAUGCAUCAACACCAAAGGAACUCUGCGCUAAUGAACCAAAAGCUUCAGAAGGAAUUUGAAGAUGCAUCCCUAACUACAAAGGCAUUGGAGACAAAAGUUGAGAAAAUCAAGAUAUUGGCAGAAAAACUGGACGCUAUACAGUGGGAGCACAAGAAUUCAUUAGCCAGCCUUCAGAAGCAAAGAAAUCUCAAAUUUAACCACCUUAAAACCGUCAAGGAUGAACAUGCUGCCAUUAUACAGAGACAUGACAACACUCUGAAGAGGAUCAGUGACCUUACAAAAAACUGCACCGAAUUCAGGACAGCUUCUGAUGAAAUGGAAGAAACAACUACGACCCUCCCCAAAGUCAUAAUGGAACUUCAAAGCCUUUUUGAUGUGGUGGAUUUGAGACACCAGUCAGCUGCUCUCAUAAUGAGUACCUUGCAAUCUAAUAUUAAUAACUGCCUGCAACGAACACAGCGAUCCAUGCAGUCACACACGGCUCAUGUUAGAGCAAGGAAAAAGAAAAUGGAAGGCACCCAGUUAGCACUAGAAAUUUCACUGAAGAAGAACACACAGUUGGCCAGUGAAUACGAAGGUCUUCAGAUGAUCCACAUGAAGGCUAAAAGAGAGGCUGUAUCUGUGUUGAAUGAAAAAAACCAUGCACAAAAAUCUUCUCACUACUAUACUCAGCUCUCUUUGUUGCAGAAGAGGAUGCACAAAGGUUUGGUGAAAUACUUCAAACAACGCAGGCUCUACAGCCAGGCUGAACUGGACCGAUGCCAAGCUCUUUCUCAAGAGACCGACCAGAAAAUAAAAACAGCCCAGAAUGGUAUCGCAGAUGAAAUUCAGCGAAUCUCUGGCUUCUUGGAGUCUUUGACAGAUGACUCCACUACCACUGUUGAUGCCAGUGUGAACAAACAAGCCGGUCCAGAUGCUGCUGGAUGGAAUUACUAGAUGCCUUCAGUUCAACGCAGUGUAAUUGGACAUUCACCUGUUCCAGACAUCUUACUUACUUACCCUCACGCUUCACUAUUCUCCCUCUUUACUUGCUGCAAAUCCAUAACAAUGAAACAGGUGACUUUCAUGCUGCUGUCAGGACUGAUCUAAUUUUAGCUGGGUGAAUGAUUGCAAUUGGCUUUGCCUCAUCAGAUAAUUAAUCUAUGUCACCAUUAAUUGGAAAAGAGAAUAAUUACAGGCAGUGUUGACAGAAAUUCUACGCUUCUCAAGAUUCCGAGAUCUAAUUACAACUAGUAAAACCCCUUGACCUUAACUAGCACUUAGUGCACUUUGGCCACCUUGACCAUGCCGGUGUAAAGAGGCGAUCUCUGGAAACAUAGUUUUUUUUGUUAUUGCGCCAUCACUCCUUCCUCUCUUCACUCUCGGAAAGCUGUCUCACUCAAUCACUUUUCAAUAUUCAAUCUUAAUUUUGUGGAAGUUUAGCAUUUUCAAUGAGCUGGAGAUGAAUGAUUAAUGAAUAAAUUUAAAUGCUUCAUUUUGUCCAUGGAUCAUUAGUUAAGUCCUUUGUGGGAAGGACCUGAGAAAGGAGUGAAAAUUAUUGAGACAUUAGCCUGAAGCAAUCCAGGGGUAAAUAGUGUGCACAAAAGGAUGUUGUGUGCGCACUAUCCACUGGCUUUCUGAAGAACCCUGGGGAAACACAGUUUUCAAUUUGGAUUCUUAACUGAAUCACUUUCACUACUUGUAG